AUGGCUUUGAAGCUACACUUAUUAUUAAAAAUGCUUACAUUCUUACUGCUAAUUCUGCAAACUAAUGCCAGAUCAAUGGCUGAUCCAUCUAAGAACAUGUUAAACAAAUUAAAGAGCAUCUUCAAAGUUGGCGAAGGCAUUAUGGUAUACAAUACCGGAACCUCAAAUGAAGCACUUGAAGAUGAUGAAAUCGUUUGCGCCGAACGUAGAGCUGGCAAGUCAUAUUGCAAGGAAGUUGAUAAUUAUAUGGAGGCUACACGUUUGGACAAAAUUGACCCAAAACAAUUCGAGAAGUUCAAAGCAUAUUUCACAGACGAUAUUGCGAUGCCGCAGAGUAUAGCAACUCGUAUGGAGGUUGAAGUGACAGAGAAACCUAGCAAUACCAAGUCUAACGUGAUAUAUCCAGAGGGUGCUGAGUCAAUGGAUGCGCAAUGGUUGUUGGUCGUGCAGCAUGAGCAACACAAACAAGGUAUUCUGGUGGAAGAAUGUGAAAAUGAAGAGAAUAGUACCUUGCCGCUAGAGGACAAAUCGAACUGUAAACAAAAUUUCAUCUAUCAUAAGUUGGUGGUGUUGGUAAAUGGUGUGAUGAAGAUGGAAAUGGUUAAAUUGCCUAGCAACUGUGAUUGUAGCACGAGCUCUAAUUGA